AUAGGACAAGCUACAACUCCUGGAAGAGGCAGUAAGCAUGCAUGAUGGAAACAUCAUUACUGCAGUUCUGAUUUUCUUGAAAAGGACACUGUGCAAAGAGAUCCUCUUCCGAGAGCUGGAAGUGCGACAGGUUGCCCUGAGACAUUUCAUUCACUUCCUUAAGGAAAUAGGGGAUCAAAAGCUGCUUUUAGACCUCUUGAGAUUCCUAGAUAGAACAGAAGAACUUGUGCUAUCCCAUUAUCGAGAGCAUUUGAACAUUCAGGACCCUGAGAAACGAAAGGAAUUUCUUAAGACCUGCAUUAGUUUACCAUUUUCAGCAGAAGAUUCUGCACACAUCCAAGACCAUUAUACACUCCCGGAACGUCAGAUCAUUAUUGAGGCAAAUGAUCGACAUUUAGAAUCAGCAGGACAGACUGAGAUCUUCCGAAAGCACCCGCUCAAAGCUUCCAUCCUCAACAUGCCACUGGUGACAACGCUUUUCUAUUCCUGCUUCUAUCACUACACGGAGGCUGAGGGAACAUUCAGCAGUCUCAUCAACUUGAAGAAGACAUUUAAGAUUCCAGACAAACAGUAUGUACUGACAGCCCUGGCUGCUCAUGCCAAGCUUCAAGCCUGGAAUGAUGUAGAUGCCCUCUUCACCACAAAGAACUGGCUAGGCUAUACCAAGAAGAGAGCACCCAUUGGCUUCCAUUGGGUUGCGGACAUUUUGCACAAGAACAGUGCCCCUGUCCAGAUACUACAGGAAUAUGUGAAUCUAGUAGAAGAUGUGGACACAAAGUUGAACUUAGCCACUAAGUUCAAAUGCCAUGAUGUCUUCAUUGAUACCUGCCGGGACCUGAAGGAUUGUCAGCAGUUGCUAGCAUACAGGAGUAAGGUGGAUAAAGGAUCCGCGGAGGAAGAGAAGGUUGACGCCCUUCUCAGCAGCUCGCAAAUUUGAUGGAAGAAUUAAGUGGCAUUAGCUACCCUGAAACCUGCCUCACUUUUUCUUUUC